CCUCUGCUCUGUGCUGCUACGCAGAGGGACCUCUGUUGCCAUCCGGAAAUUUUCUGUCGCCGACCCCAGGCCACCUCCUUUGGCCUGUUCUCUGACAGGCGGGGCAGCAGGACACAUCCCCGCUUCGAAAAGACUGGGUGACCGUGGCUCAGGCAGUUCUGUCACUUUGCCACCGGCGGCAUUCCCUCUACCCCACCCCCAACCCUGGCUCAGCUGCAGCGCCAGGGUGGGGAGGUGGAGUAGAUGGGACCCCUGGAGCCUGCAGAAGAUUGGAGAACCUUGAGACUGACACAGCUCUUUGGGAGCAGGGUCUUCCAGGAGAAAGUGUAUUUUCAUACAUCACCACACCUGAAAGCAGUUUUCCAGAACCUGAUCCAACUGCAGAGAUGGCAGCUGAAUCAUUGCCUUUCUCCUUUGGGGCAGUGUCCAACUGGGAGCUGGAAGCCUGGUAUGAGGACCUGCAGGAAGUCCUGUCCUCAGAUGAAAACGGGGGUAACUAUAUCUCACCCCCUGGAAACGAAGAGGAAGAAUCAAAAACAUUCACCACUCUUGACCCUGCAUCUCUUGCUUGGCUGACUGAGGAACCAGGACCACCAGAGAUCACAAGCACCUCUCAAAGCCCUCGCUCUCCAGAUUCCAGUCAGAGCUCCCUAGCUCAGGAGGAAGAGGAAGACCAAGGAAGAACCAGGAAACGAAAACAGAGUGGCCAGUGGCCAGUCCGGGCUGGAAAGCAAAGAGUGAAGGAAAAAGAACAAGAGAAUGAAAGGAAAGUGGCACAGCUAACAGAAGAGAAUGAACGGCUCAAGCAGGAAAUUGAGUGCCUGACCAGGGAAGUAGAGGCAACGCGCCGAGCUCUGAUUGACCGAAUGGUUAAUCUGCACCAAGCAUGAACAAAUGGGGCCAUCACUCCCAAGCUCUGGCUACCACCUACCUUUCCCAGAAGUAGCUAUUAACCACCUUCAUACCAGUGCCAAUGAUGUGACCCUCAAAUUCUUGGGGUAGACAAAAGGAAAGGGUCUCAGCUUGUAUAUAGAGGUUGUACAUUUAUUUAUUGUCUACAUCCAUUAAAGUGACUUUAUGAACGUU